AUGGUAAGCCUGACUGUGACAGUAUUCCAGGUUUUCGCAGCUUCCGCAGGCAAUCACGCCUUGGCCCUUUCGAUGCAUGGCAAAAAGCUCGGCGUUGAGGUUACGAAACAUGUUCUUUGUUUUUUAUUUCUCUGUGGGACCUCAAAUCGAAUUUUUCGCUUUUUUAUCAAUGUUUUCAGGUAAAUGUUGUCAUGCCUCGUCAUGCGCCUAUAAUGAAGAUCAAUAGGUGCGAGGAACUCGGGGCCAACAUCAUCAUUGACGUGAGUUUCAGACCAUUUUUCUGCUGGGUCAAAGAAAGAGUUGUCGAAGUGUGACCCAUAGAGAUCCUUCAGGGAAACGACAUUGGGGCUUCGAGGGAGAUAGCUCUUCGUUUGGCGAAAGAACGAGGCGGCAAGUAUAUAAAUGGUUAUGACCACAUCGACAUCCUCGCUGGCGCCGGAACCGUCGGCCUCGAAAUCAUCGACCAGGUUUCGGAACGCUACCUUUUUCAAUCUGUCAAACUGGGGGUACAAAGAAGACUUUUGCAUGUUUCUGAUUCACUCAUUGUCUGACUCUAGCUGUGAACAGGGUCUGUGGGAAAAUAAUUGCGGUAGUGUUUGAUAUAACACGGCGAGAAGCCUUUUUUUACUCUGGCAGAAUCUUGAGCAAUUCAACAUGAAAUUUUCGAGCAGACUCUUCCAUGUCGGGAAAAAUUGACUAUAACACCUGUUUUGAGUUACUUCUAUGACCCCUAUCAAAAAAACUCCUUUUUUUCAAAAAGAGAAGGUUUUACUUUGAUUUUUCCCAUGCACCUCUCGAAAAACUGUAUACUUUUCGUUUCACAAACCAACUUUUUAUAUUACUGACAGGUGACAAAUGUGGACGCUGUUUUGGUGCCAGUCGGCGGCUGCGGUCUGAUUGCGGGCGUAGCCGUGGCCGUGAAAACGCUCUCUCCAAAGACCAGAGUGAUUGGCGUCGCCAGCGAAACUUGUCCAGCACUUAUCGUUGGUUCAAAAUCGCAAUUUCUUACCCAGAAACAACUCAGAGGUCGCUGGAGAAGGGUGAACCCGUGUACACUCCGACGAAUCCGACUCUCGCCGACGGUCUCGCCGUUCCUGCCAUCGGCGUCAACGCGUUCCGCACUCUCAGAAGUCCUUUUUGACAUCUCAAAGAUUCUAACUACGAUCGCAUGACAGCGGCGAUAAUAAGAAAGCUAGAAUUUUGUCUUCUUUGAGUUUAAAACUAAUUAUCUUCGGUUCACCAACUCAAAGAAAAAAAUUGCAUUUAAAGUAUGGCAAAGGAAGAUUCUCAUAUUUUCCCACGUUUAGUGAACGGAUCUUGUUCAAAGCUAUUCUUAAAAUCAACAUGUUUUCCAGAUAUUUUUUGCAAAUAAAUUGACCAGACUCUUCUUUAUUUUUUAUUUUCACGUGUCCAGAGUAAAGGCAGAUGACCUGUAUGCACUCAUGUCAUUGCAGACCGUGUUGAUGAGGUUAUAUCCGUCCCUGAGCACGACAUCGCCAUUGCCAUUCUCAGACUUCUGGAAUUCGAAAAGGCAGAGAAAAUUGAAAAAAAAAAUCAUGAAAUUGAUGGUGUUAUCGGAAAGUUGAGACUUGAGGCAGACAUUUAUUUAUUACAAUCAGCUGAUUGAUAUCAGUCUUCACAGGCGAAUCGGGAGGGUACCACAAUGCGUCCACAAAGGUACCUCUCAAAAUGGAUCGUGAAGACUCUAUAAUAUGUCCAUCGUGAGACCUCCAGCAUACCUUUUAGCUAUAUCUGAGCCAUCUCGGAGGUCCUUGAGAGUCUAUCUCACAAGUCUAUCUUAUUCUGCUCAAAGUCCUCAGAGGUAUGCUCGAGGUACCAUCGAUAGACCCUGCGAUAUACCCUGCGAUAUACCUCAGAGGUUUCGCGAUACUCUUUCUCGAUUUGCCUAUGUUGCUGAAGGUUGUGAAAAAAAGAUAACUUUCUAUGAUGAAAUAAUAAGGUUUUCCCACAAAGUUACCAUCUUGUUUUCGAAAAACCUUCAUCUUUUAUUCAUUGGUUUUAGCCAUAACUUUUAUCAAAACUGAAAAUUACUGACUAGUGAGCGAAAACUUGAGGAAAAUCAAAUUAUCGGAGAUUCAAUCUCAAACUUACCUUGGACUUCAGGUGGUGUGCGAGGGAGCUGGUGCCAUAACUAUUGGGGCUCUUCUUUCGGGAAAACUGAACAGUCUCAAAGGAAAAAAGGUGGUUUCGAUCCUCAGCGGUGGCAACAUCGACACGACUUCCCUCGGCAGGUGCAUCGACCGAGGUUUGUAAAUCAUUCAAAAAAGCUCUUUUAGGUUCUUUUUAACUUUCCCAACUUAAUAGGUCAAAAUUUUUAUAAAAAGCUUCAACGAGCUACCGGAACUUUUGAAACCAAAUGACAAUAAUCCCAAUUAGCCUUAGUAAGAAUUUCUGAUUCGAGGACUCGCCUACGACAACCGCGUGAUCCGGUUUACCGUCAUUAUCAAAGAUACUCCCGGUGAUCUCUCCGAGUUAUGCACACUCGUCAGCAACUGCGGCGCCAGCGUCAAAGACAUUUACUUGGUUUGCUCAGAAAAUAUAUAUAUAUAUAUAUAUGCACAAUGCGCGUUUGCACACCGCUUGGGAGGGGGGUCCAAUCUCCGCGGAACUUCUUUUAUUCUUUUAAAAAUUGUAUCACAUUAAUAAAAUUAACACGGCUAUUUUCGACACUAAUAGAUACAAAAUUACAAAAAAUACGAUUUCUUACUUACUAAAGACGGAUAACUUAAUUUGUGUCUUUGAAGGUUCUAUGCGUUUUUUUUUCUUCAAUUUUGUCUGCUUUUUUGUACAAAAACUCGUUAAUGAAGAUAUCGCUCAAAAACCGCGAUCGGUGUAUGCACAAUUUAAACCUACAGUGUGCCAAACCAGACGGGCUGAACUGAUGUGAAUGGAGCACUCAGAACGUGCAAACGAAAAAUGCGAACUUUUAUAUACAUCCCUUCUCGGGAAAGGGAAACACGCUCUUGUCGUAACACCGAAUAUUUAAAAUAUUCGAACUAAACAUCAAAAGCUUCUCAGGAGCGCGCUUAUCUACGCAACGAUAUGUCGAGUAUACGCGUCAAGAUGGUUACCGAAACUCGAGGUUUGGCUCAUGUUGAGCAGAUACGCUCGGCACUCUACAACCGGUUAAUUUUUGUUUUUGCAGUUUCACUCACUUGUUCUUGCAGGUAUACACAGGAGAAGUGCACGUUCCGCGCUUUUCGACAGUCUUCUGAAAACUCCUUUUGA